AUUCAUAAAUAGUGAAGCAAUUAUCCAGAUAAUUCAUGAAUAAAUUAUUCUAAAACCUUCAUUUCCAUAAUUUUAAACGAAUAACAUUUUCCGUUCUGUGGUUAAAUUCUAAUGAGUCUUUAACAACCGAUAAUUUGUACACCGUGAUGAGCGAGAAAUUGCAUGCAGCAAAUCGACAAGUCACGUUAAAUCUCAACAUUAAUUCGAGGUACGACACAGGUGACACGUGAGUUGAUGCUAUCGUUUCUGUAUUCAUCUCUGAAAAGGCUUUAAAUAAAUUCGUAAAGGGCUUUAUUUCCCCAUUUCCACACGAAACGGGGGGCUCAGGGAAUUGAAUGAAUUAUGAGCUCCGUAUUAUUCCGAGGCAAAUCGUCUUGGGAAUUAUUUCUUAAGUGGCGUGAGAGCUUUGGAAGUAUUUUUAAACCGAUCAUUUCCUUUAGUUUCCAUUGAUUUUACGUCUCCGACUGCCACUGUAUGACGUUGUUUCCGUGCAACGGGUGAUGCUAUAUGUGACAAUUGAUGAAUUAUUAUUAUUUUUUGAAAGUGGAAGUUUUGUAUUCAAUUAAUAAGGGAAUUGAUGAAUUUUCCGUUAUUUCUCUGGUGUUUCGCUUACGAGGCGAAAAAGUGUGAUUUCGUUUUAGUUUUUUAUGAAUAUUUCGAAAAUCUAUGAAAGGUAGAAGGACAUUGCUGAACAUUGUGUCUGUAUCUCGUGAAAUUUUCCACAGGCAAGGCUUUAGUGGAAUUUUCCGAGUAUGUUUUAGAUGCUGAGAUAUCCAAUAAAAACAAAGUGAUAAAAGACUGGAGCAAAGAACCAGAUCAAUCCCAAGGCUCUAGUUUCUCCUGAAUAUCUCAAAAUCUCAGUGAUUUACAAAAGUCAUCAUCAUCAUCAUCAUUAUCAUUUAGACCUCUUUUGUGACAGGUCCUUCAUGAUAUGCUCCUAUCUCCUCGGAUUCCAUAAUAAUCAUCGAAAAGUGAAACUACAACUCUCCAAAAAUGAAUAUUUAUGAUUUUACUUCUUCCAAACAAACCCUAUCAAUCCUCGAAUUUAGUGCCCUCUUUCAUUCUCCCCCAACAGAACGAAAAAAACAUCCAGCAGUGACCCUUGACAUUCCCACAAACUCGAUAAGCUCUCAACGUGCUAGUGAAUCCAUAUCUCUAUCCAAAUGCCAUCAUGUGCGCAUAACAACAUCACAGAGGUGGACUCCGAGAUUCCAGGAACAUCCUUGUUCUCAUGGUCUUGCGAAGAGGAUUGUAAAUAUGACUGCAUGUGGGAGACAGUGGAUCACUUCCUGGAGCAUGGACUGCAGAUCCCCCAGUUCCAUGGAAAGUGGCCCUUCGUGAGGAUUCUAGGACUUCAGGAGCCAGCCUCUGUUAUAUUCUCAAUUAUUAAUUUUUAUGGCCAUCUCCGGAUGUACAGGCGGUUCAGGAAGGAGAUCAGGUCCUCGUACCCAAUGGCCCUGAUGUGGACUUAUUUAGCAGUAGUCUGCAUGAACGGUUGGUUUUGGUCAGCAGUGUUCCACGCUCGUGACAGACCCUUCACUGAGGUAAUGGACUACUCCUGUGCCUUCACAAUCGUCGUGACCCUCUUGUACUGCAUCCUCGUGAGGAUAUCUCACAGGAGGAAAAAGACAAUUGUCCUUAUAACAUGUGCCUACCUCAGUAUUUUAUUCACUCACCUGUCGCAUUUGUGGUCGGGAAGAAUCAACUAUGGAUACAACAUGAAACUGAAUAUUUUUUGUGGAUUUUUGACUUUCGUGAUCAGCAUGAUUUGGUGGUACAAAAAUUAUACAAAAUUGAGGUAUCUAUACCUCAUGGGGUGUUUCAAUAUUCUGUCUGCAGCUGUGACACUCCUCGAGAUGGCAGAUUUUCCUCCAAUUUUUUGGAUUUUCGAUGCACAUUCCUUGUGGCAUGCCUCCACAGCUCCAUUAGUAUAUUUUUUAUACAGAUUUAUGAUACUAGACUGCCAAUACUUGAGGAAAAAGCACAGUCAGGUAAUAAUCGAUGAUCGACAUGUAGAGUAGAAUUCCACGACGAAAACCCACUAGGAAGGUAGAAACCUCGACAUGACCUCUUAAAUAAUAU